AUGACUGGUGAUACCCACGGAGGUAUCGACGAGCCGGCGGCAGGGAGCCCCGAGUACGAACUCGUCAAUCUUAGACGCGAAGGCCAGAAUCAGGCUAGACAGAUAGCAGGGUUGCAGGAUACGAUCAACCAACUCCUGGGUCAGCUGAUGGCUACACCAAACGAGAGGAAGUCUACAUCGAAACCCAAGAUGGCACCACCAGAGAAGUUUGACGGAAGUCCUCACGAACUAUGGACGUUCCUCACCAACAUCGACCUAUACAACGAGUAUCACGAUGUGCCCAACGAU